UUUAGUCUGCGCCGGGUUGUGCUCAAGCAUUCAGCUGAACUGUAAAACGUUUUGAAAAACUCUUCUCGUUCUAGUAACUUAUUAUUAACGACGCGUAUAAAAUGGCCUGUUUGGCAGAAGGAUGUACUGAUAGUGAAUGCGGCGUUAGCGGCCCUACGCGACUAGAAAGCUUUUGCUUUGGUUGUGAGCUGUCUUCCCAAGUCCCGUUUUACACUUUCCAGGUGGAUGAGGAGGAAGAUGUAGAACACUGUCUGGAGCUCCGAACAGUGUGCCUGGGUGACGGGGUGAAGGAUGAAAACAAUGUGGUGGAGGUAGCAGCUUUGAACCAUCAGGGGAAGGAAGUGUCUGUACCAGUCGCCAACCUGCAUAUCUCCUGCAUGCCUAUGGUCAGUUUCGGUGACUUUCAAUUGAGGGCCCCUGUCACAUUCCGGCUGAAGUCUGGCUCCGGACCAGUCUGCAUCAGCGGGCUGCAUCUGAUUGCCUACAAUGAUCCUGCUGAAUCAGACCUCUCGGAUGAAGAGCAUGAAGAUGAUUGUGAAGAGGAGAUCGUUCCUAUCAAGCCAGCGAAAAAGAAACUGGGGAAAGAAUAGCUGACAGACCUGGGGACUCUUCUUGCGGCUGUCAUGGUUCCCGGGUGCCAGACCAGUGGGGGCGCUCCAUUCGAACAUGUUCUUUUCAUGCAGUUCAUUGUGUAAAUAUACGCCAUGGUCAACCUUCAAAUUUCAACUUUUUAUUUUAGUUUUUGUCUGCGUGUGCCGUGCUCUCCACAGUUGAACUGUUGCUGAGCAGAGUGUAUUAAUGCUGUCCGACUGGGAAAGAGAUCGCUGAUUGCUAAAAGGCGUCCAGAUUGUCUCGUUUUCUUUUUCAAUUGUGAAGUCCCCAAGAGCAGGCUUGCAUGGUUCCAGCAGUCCUCCGUCUUUUCUCAGUUGUAGACGGCGUCCUAUACAUCUGAAACUGCAGUCAUCACUUCUGAGUGCAUCAGUGUGGCUCACGAUGAUCGGUCGAGACUGCGUAACCUUGACGCCACUGAGUUUUCUAUACAAUAUGUGCAUCCUUGUUUCAAUUUGAAUACGUCAACCUCCUUUCAUU